UAAUACGUCCCCGUUUCGUUGAUCGUUGAGACUUAAGAUAUUUGAAGCACAUGAGCUUCCCGCAGCUUUUGCUCCCUCUCCCCUUUCUCUGUCCCUCGCAGAAUCGAAAAUCGAGAUACGAACAAGUACGGGAGAAUCAAUAGAGGCAAAAGUGGAGACAAUGUCGAACCACGAAGACCCUCUCGACGAGCGAGAUCCAUCUGCAACGAUGAAUCAGAAGUUAAUCGACCGUACUAAGAAAGUUGCGCAGACAAGGGAGAUGUUAUCUAAACAAGCUGUUCAGACCAAGGAGAUCUUGUCGAAACAAGCGAUUAAAAUAGCUAAGCAAGCGGAAGAACAUGAAAGAUUUAUCACCAAAGUGACCCACCUUAUGGGGGUUAUGGGCUUCGGUGCCUUCUGCUUCUUGCUGGGAUCGAGACCGCAAGAUAUUCCAUACAUAUACUGUUUGUUUUAUGUCAUCUUCGUUCCUCUACGUUGGAUAUACUAUCGGUACAAGAAAUGGCAUUAUUACCUUCUGGAUUUCUGCUACUAUGCCAAUACAAUUUUCCUGGUCAUGCUUCUGGUUUAUCCAAGAAAUGAAAAGCUUUUUAUGGUUUGCUUCUCAUUUGCAGAGGGACCAUUAGCAUGGGCAUUAAUUGUUUGGCGGUGCAGUCUGGUUUUCAGCUCCCUUGACAAAAUAGUUAGUGUCCUCAUACAUCUUUUACCUGGGAUUGUCUUCUUUGUUAUUCGGUGGUGGGAUCCAGCAACAUUUGAAGCCAUGCAUCCAGAUGAGGAUGCAGGUCACAGAGCUUCAUGGCCUUACGUGGAAAGCAAAUCCUACUUGUGGAUAUGGCUGUUUGUUGUCCCCCUAGUUGCUUACACCUUAUGGCAGAUUCUUUAUUUUCUCAUUGUUAAUGUCCUGCGCCGGCAGAGGCUAUUAAGGGAUCCUGAAGUUAUGACUUCCUACAGGGAGCUCUCGAAGAAGGCACAAAAGGCAAACAACAUAUGGUGGCGUUUAAGUGGGUUGCUUGGGGAUCAAAAUCGGAUGUUCAUGUAUAUCCUGUUCCAGGCUUUGUUCACUGUUGCAACCAUGGCACUCACUGUUCCCAUAUUCUUGUCUUACAAGCUUCAUGUGAUUUUCCAAAUACUCAAAGUCUCUGCAUCCAUAUGGAAUGGAGGAAGCUUCCUACUUGAAGUUAUGCCAAGACAGGUGAUUCUCAAGGAGAAAAAGAAACUGGCGAUGCAGCCUAUAUCAACCCAUCCAGACCAGACUGUCACCAUGGUAGAAAAUUCGACAGGAACUAGUCACUCGGCUGAGGCUGAUCAUUCAUAACAAGAAGAGUGGCUUAAGAGAAUGGACUAGACCAUGGCUUCUCUCUAUCCAAAAAUGAAGUCAACUUAUGCCAAACAUUCAGCGGUAUAACUGGAUUACCUAUUGGCUGACAUUCUUCAUCUCAGUGGCAGAGCUUUUCGGAUAUAAAAAUGGAGAAGAAUGGAUGGUUUUACAUUUCCAAUUCAAGAAAAAAUGAAGUGUCGUACUACCCUCUUCUCUCUUUUGUUCUACCUUCAGUUUUUUCCUUUUCCUGCUAGGGGUUUGGUUGGGUGGCUGAGAUCUAAAAUAUUAGAUGCUCUUAAAAAAUCAUUACUGAAACCAUUCGAAAGGAUUUUCUGAAUUUA